AUGAGUUAUAGUAAAGUAACUCCUAAGCUCUCUAUUCAGUCUCCUGUCCAUCACUCUAAAUUAAGUGUGCAGUCAACAGUCAGGUCUGUUAUGAAAGAAGGUUUACAUCUGAUUUCAAAAGACUCCUUGGAAACUGAUUCAGAAAGUGCCUCUCAAGAGAUCAAGUCCCAGUCUGAACUUGAGGACCGAAUCCAGGACAACGACAUGGAGCCUGACAGCUUAGAGGAGGAAAGCCCUCAAGAGGAAAGCCUGAGUGAGACAGAAGAGGAGGUGAGCAGAAAAGUAGCUCAGAUGGCCAACAAGGAAAACCACCAGACCCAGGCCAGUGGCUUAAGUAACAGCCAACAACCAGCAGAGGACAAAUAUUCGGACCUCCGAUAUGACCCAAACUGGAAAACUAAGGAAGAAAAAGGGCAGUUGUUGACUGUAGAAACAUUGCCAGAGUCUCAAGACAGCUCUACAGAAAAUUUAACUUUGGAUCCACUUUACCCUUCCAAGGAGACCUCAGUGGAACCCUUAGGAGGAAAAGAGGAACAGAAGAGCCCACAGAGUGAAGUCUCCUUACUUGGUAGUGAAUUUUUAAGCCCAAACUAUGAACGUGGUACCCUUCGUAGCCAACCACUUUCAGAGCUGAGUGAUAGUGACCAGGAGAAGUCCAGCAACCUCUCUCAGUACGUAAAGAGUUCAAGUUCACAUAAUGAGGUUUUCCUGCCAGGAUCACGUGGCCCUCGACGAAGAAAGUCCAAACAAUAUUUUGUGGAAAAAAAUAAGCUGACUUUGGGAAUACCUACUCCUAAAACUGACUCUUAUCUUCAACUUCAUAACAGAAAAAGGGGGGAAACUCACGUAGAACAGAUCUCCUACCCUGACAGAGUAACUGACAAGACGCCUAUUCAGAAUGCCAAAGAGAUUGAAAAUGCUGCCAUCAAUCAUGAAGACAAGUGGCAUCAAAGAGCCCAACAGCUAAAGAAUUACCAGGAACAUUGGUCUCAAUAUGAAAACCCAAAAUCAAGCAAUGUGCCCAGACGUCAAUCUUCUGAAGCAGCUGAUGGCCAGCGACCUUCCAGAAGACCAGCCAAGCACACAAUUCGAAAGCAGCAUAAACACCAGAGUGGCGUGAAAGCUUUAAUGACCAAAGAGCUAGUUGCCAGUCAAGGAAACCAGGAUAAUACGCCCAGACAGCAGCAAAACCAAAAUCAGUUCAUUGACGAUUCAGUAGAGCAGGAAUCAAUUGUGCUUAUGAAUGCCCCUAACAAUGAUUUACAAGACUCAAGUGCACUUAGGAGCCAGAAUCCCAAAGUAAACUCCAAUAAAUUUGCUCCACCAAAACAAGCUUUUGACAAGGUACCAUAUAAAAACUCUACUGGCUAUUACUGGGUGAAGAAUAUUAAUAAAGAAAGGGGACACAAAGUCCAAGAAGAGAAAGGAUUUUCCUAUCCACAGCUACAUGCCAACGCUCUUUCCAAUACGGACUUGAAAUACGUUAAUGAACUUUCUAAGAGACAAGUGCCUCUGAGCCAGAAAGACUCUCAGCCUGUUUAUAACAUAACCAUUAAUCGAGCAUCUGAAAAUAAGAAGCAACCCAAACAGAUUUAUACAGAGACAAAAUAUAAGAACAUAGAAAUGUUAUGGAAAUUCCAUUCUUCCUCUGACAGCCAACCUGUUAGAGCUUCUCCAGAUGCUCAGCUCACUCAGAUAAUGGAUCAGCAUCAGCAAGCCCUAAUGCAGCUGACUGAGGUGCAGCCCAAUGGAGGGGCCUUACACAGCAUCACAUUUCCACCCAUAAUGUCAAGGGUAGAAAGUGAAUCCCAACUCAGUUCAGAAAGAAGCCAGAGAAACCAAAUGAAAAUUAGUCGUAGCAAUUCCGAAGGUUAUCUGUUUCAACUGGAAAAAGGAAAAAGACACAGGAAAAGAAGCAGCAUUAAGAGUUCCAAGCUGAAAGGUUAUCAGAAAAGAGAUGUGAAACUUGGUGGCCUUGGACCUGACUUUGAGUCCAUCAGAGACAAAAUGCAAAAAUUAACACAACAAAAGGAAUAUGCAAAACAAGUUAAGGAGUACAACAUGAAGACACUAUCCAUCCUGUCAAAACCACAAACAGCAAAAACUGAGACAAAACCUGCUAUCCCUCGGCAGAAGGCUUUGGAAUAUGCUAAAACCAUUCCAAAACCGAAAUCAUCAAAUCUGACUGAUCAAGGAUCAAAGGAAAGAAAAAAUCCAGCCUAUACUGGAAAGGAAGAAAAUUUACCUAAAAUCCCACUUCUGGAAAUACUGCAGAGCAGACAUGAAAGAGAAAAACAGGCUGUGGCUGCUUUCAAAGUCCUUCACAUUGUAUAG